AUGACAACCAUCCCACCAAACGAAGAGCUAUCUCCGUAUUAUACCAUGUUUGAGUUCGCACCACAGGACUACCUUACAAACGUCGAAGGAGCCGUCCACGACCUCCCGCCUGAAUACCCAGUCUACUACUUCUUCUACGGUAUCUUAAAAACCCCCGCAACCCUGAAAAGAAUUCUAGACCUCCCAGAAGGGGGAGAGCCAAAAUUUCGACCCGCCAAGAUCAUCGGCUACGCGCUGGCUAAAUGGGGAGACUAUCCUGCUUUGAUAGACGGUGAACAGGGACAGGUUGUCUCUGGGUCUGCAUGGCUUGUACAGGAUGUAGAACAGGCACGGAAGUUUGCGUAUUAUGAGACGAAGGCGUAUAAGGUUUUCCCUUGUCGGAUUCGCUUUACGGAUGAUGAAGCGCCGGAAGUGGUGUCUGGGAGGACGUUUUAUGUAUGCUGGGGAUCAACAGACAUUGCUGGAGCAGCGGUUUGA